ACUUCUUUUCCUCUAUGUAUCAUUGCUCUCUAAUCUCUCUUGUUUAUUCAAAUCAGUAAAUUCCUUCUAAUAGUUAUCACUUUCUCUGCAAUAUGGGAAGUUGUAUCUCUCUCUCGCUAUCAUGUGAUCAGUGUACGAAUCAAGUCUUUCAGUGGUUAUGCAUCAGAAGGGGUUAUAUUCACAAUCUCGAGGAGAAUCUCAAGGCUUUGGAGACAACCAUGGAGGAGCUUCAGGCAAAUCGGGAUGAUUUGUCAAAAAGGGCGGAGAGAGAGGAGGGUAAAGGACUAAAAAGGCUUUCCCAAAUCCAGGUAUGGCUUACGAGAGUCGACACAAUCAAAACACAAGUGAAUGCUAUAUUUAGUGCAAUACCUGUUGGAAGUCAAAGGUUGUCUCUCUGUGGGUUUUGCUCUAUGAAUUUAAAAUCUAGAUAUCGUUACGGGAAAAGGGUUUUUCUGAUGUUGAAGGAGGUUGAGAAUCUAAACUCUGGUGGAGACUUUGAAGUCGUUGCCGAGCAAGCUCAAGCAUCGGAGGUAGAGGAGCGGUCUAUCCAACCGGGAAUUGUUGGUCGGGACACGAUGCUCAAAAAGGCAUGGGACUAUCUCAUUGAAGAUUGUGUUUGUAUAAUGGGUUUGCAUGGCAUGGGCGGAGUAGGCAAAACUACAUUCCUCACGCAAAUCAACAACAAAUUUCGACAUGAUGGAUAUGUCCGUUUUGAUAUUGUGAUUUGGAUUGUGGUCUCUAAAGAUUCACAUACCCAAAAGAUUCAGGAUGAAAUUGCAAACAAACUAGGCAUGGUUGGAGCUGAAUGGAACAAAAAAGAUAAAAAUCAAAAGGCCUGUGAUAUACACAAUGUCCUUAAGAGGAAAACAUUUGUGUUGUUAUUGGAUGACAUAUGGGAAAAAGUAAAUCUAUCUGAGAUUGGAAUCCCAUUCCCAAAUACAGAAAAUGGAUGUAAAGUUAUUUUCACCACUCGGUCUCAAGAAGUGUGCAGACGCAUGGGUGUUAAUGUUGAGAUGGAAGUCCAAUGUCUGGCGCCAAACGAUGCAUUGGAUUUGUUCCUGAAAAAAGUUGGAGAGGUCACAUUACAGAGUCAUCCGGACAUACCCUAUCUUGCAAACAUGAUUGCUAGAAAGUGUUAUGGACUACCUCUAGCGCUUAAUGUCAUUGGCGAGACUAUGUCAUGCAAAAGAACGAUUCAAGAAUGGCAGCAUGCAGUUAAUGUUUUAACCUCAUAUGCUGCUGAGUUUUCUGGCAUGGAAGAUGAGAUUCUUCCGAUUUUGAAGUAUAGUUACGACAAUUUAAAGGACGAGAAGGUCAAGUUGUGUUUACAAUAUUGCUCUCUGUUUCCGGAAGAUGAGAGAAUUUACAAAGAUGAACUGGUGAACUAUUUGAUAUUUGAAGGGGUGAUAGACGGAGAUCAAGGUAUAGAAAAAGCUGAGAACCAAGGUUAUGAGAUCAUCGGUACACUUAUCCGUGCAUCUCUGUUAAUUGAAGAUGAAAGGAGAGCGUUAUAUCAAGUGUAUAUGCAUGAUGUUGUACGUGAGAUGGCUUUGUGGAUUGCUUCUGAUUUUGGGAAACAAAAAGACAACUUCAUUGUCCGCGGACGUGCAGGUUUAUGUGAAACACCCAAGGUUAAAGACUGGAAGGUUGUGAGAAGGAAGUCACUGAUGAGUAAUAAGAUUGCAGAUCUCUCUGGCAUCCCUGAAUGCCUUCAUCUUACAACGCUGCUCAUGCAGAAAAACGAGGCAUUGUCAAAUAUCUCAAAUGGGUUCUUCAGGUUCAUGUCAAAGCUAGUUGUAUUGGAUCUAUCAUAUAACAGAAAUCUCUCGGAGUUGCCAGAACAAAUAUCAGACUUAGUCUCCUUGCAGUACCUCAACAUGUCGAAAACAAAUAUAGAGUGUCUGCCUCUAGGCUUCCGAGAGUUGAAAAAGUUACGUUACUUGAACUUGGAGUUCACAUGGAACCUUUCGAGAUUUGUUGGGCUAUCAAGCCUGCUGGAUUUGAAAGUAUUGAGGUUGCGGGGCUCUGGUGUAUCAUUGGAUGUCAGCAAGGUGGAGGAGUUGCAAGUCUUGGAACAAUUGGAAAUUUUAACCUUAGGAAUUGGUUAUGAUUCAUGUUUGGUUCAGUUUCUAAGCUCUCACAGGCUGAUAAGCUGUAUUCGAGACUUAGAGAUCAGCGGUCUUCAACUAGAAUCAUCUGGAAUAUCGUUUUCAACAACUAUGAAUAACCUCCAGUAUCUCGACUUUCUUGGCUGCACUAUCUCCGAGAUAAAGAUUGAUCUGACAUAUUCUCCUCUGCGGAAUCUUAUGAGUCCAUGCUUCUUGAGUCUCUCUCAUGUGUAUGUACAAGGUUGUAAAAGCCUAAGGGAGUUGACGUGGCUCAUGUUUGCACCAAGUCUUACAUAUAUUGAUGUUGAGUUUUCAGAACAGCUAGAAUAUAUAAUAAGCAAGGAGAAAGCUAGUGUAGGUGAAGAAUCAGGGAUUGUUCCUUUUCUAAAGCUGAAAUUCUUACGCUUGUCUAAUGUACCAGAGCUGAAGAACAUAUACUGGAGUCCUCUACCAUUCCCAUGUCUGAAGACAAUCAUCGCAACCGGAUGUCCAAAUCUUAAAAGACUUCCUCUCAAUUCCAAAAGUGGCUUGGAAGGUGAAAAGGGACUUAUCAUAAGAUACAGAGAAAAAAAAUGGAUUGAAGGUGUAGAAUGGGAGGACGAAGCUACCAAAACUCGCUUCUUAUCUUCAUGUGUAAAGGUUUAGUUUAUCACAUUUUCUGAUGUAUAUCUAGUGCAAGUAUCAGGUCUGUUUUUUCUCCUUUUUCACUGUGUCCUGUUCUAAGAUAGGUUAAUUUUAGACAGACUUGUGCUUCGACUGUCAGAAGUUAAUUUGUGGCUACUCUACUCGUAUCUAUGAUUCAUUGUCUUAAGGUAAGAUCAUAGCCACAAACAACAAUAAGACUCUUAGGGCCUGACCGGUGUAACCGUUUGGGA